GAGAACAACAAAAACAAAAACCUUAGAAAUAAGUUUAAGCUUCCUCUCUGGGUUUGGACCUAGUUGGCUGUGGUAUGGCUAAACGCAUCAAGAAGGUUGGCAUCGUUGGUAAAUAUGGAACCCGCUAUGGUGCCUCCCUCCAGAAAAUGGUGAAGAAAAUUGAAAUCAGCCAGCACGCCAAGUACACCUGCUCCUUCUGUGGCAAAACUAAGAUAAAGAGAUGGGCUGUGGGGAUCUGCCACUGUGGUUCCUGCAUGACAGUGGUAGCUGGUGGUGCCUGGACCUGCACCACCACUUCAGCUGUCACAGUAAAGUCUGCCAUCAGAAGACUGAAGGAAUUGAAAGACCAGUAGAAGCUCCACAGACAUUUGGAAUAUCACUAGCCUACAAUAAAUGGGUUAAUUUAUGUUAAAAAAAAAAAAAGAAAUAAGUUUAAGACUGGCCCAUAGCUUAGCAUUUAAGUGCUAAGUUUAGAGAGCUGGGUCCUACAUAACUGACCAUGAUAUGAAUUCUGGUCCUAGAAACUUGAAAACCAUGCUUUAUAGAUGCGCAUGCAUGCCCAAAAUCCUGAUGGGAUAGAGAG